CAUAUCUAUAUUUUGGACAGUUUUUCAGAAGUUCAUAUAAAUGUAUUGACUAGAAACUACUUGAAAGUAUAGAUCUAUGACCAUUGGGUAUGUGAUGUGGAGGAGACCAAAUAUAACUUUUGUUAUGAAAAAAAAAAAUGAAAUAUCAAUUUUUUACAGUAAUCUUGGUAAUUUCUGUUGUUUGUUUGGUCUAAUAGUGCAGGGGGACUGCACCACACAUAAUUUGCACAAAACAAAUCUGCGGACAACACACAAUACGCAGAAAUCACAGACGAACGUAUCAAAUUAAGUGAAUGGAUCCAGAGUUUUGAGACGUAAUUAAUUUCAUGGCAGGUGGUUUCUAAGUAUUUUGAGUAUGUACAUGUAACUUUAAAAAUGUCGGAUGAAGAUGAUGAUACAGAAUUAGUGUUGCGACGUCAACCAGCUGUAAGAAGAAAAGGAUAUAUCUGGUCCUCUAAGAGGACUGUAAAGAGAUCUGUAAGUGAAGAUCGUGAAGGUAAAAACAGAGAUCUACAGACGCCAGUAGCUCCACCACGCAAACGAGGUUCAUCAUUAGAUCUAACACCAACUCUGUUGACUAUUUAUGAUAAUAUAGCUGCUUCUAAUGGACCCACAGAAGAUGAUCCAUUUCAGGAAGCUAAAAUCAAAUCCAACAGUUUACCCGUUUCCACAGCAACAAGAGUAGGAAAAGGUAACUCUGUGACUAUAUGCGAGAAUGGUCUGGAUAAGAGACAUACUAUGAUUAAUCCUCCUGUGAGUGAUGUCAGUGAUAGUUUGAAUGAUACACGAAAACGCCCCCUUAGUAUAAGUUCGAUGUCUUCUGCCUCGUCUUCCUCAUUGCCACGGCAUCAACGGAAACGUCCCAAUUUAAAGGAGUAUGAUCAAGCGUUGUUACGAAGUGAUAGUAGUAUUGUGAAUGGUUCUAUAAAGGAUGUAAAUGGUAAUAAUAAAAUUGAUGCAAUGGAAGUCAUGUCCGCAAGAUUCGAGAAAAAGUUAAACCAAGUUGUGAAAAAUGAUAUUUCUGGAUUAAAACAUCUUGAAAGUUUCUCUAAGAAGGAAAACGAUGAGAAACCAAGAAAUAAAGAUAGAAUUGAGAAAUUGGACUCAAGCAAAUUACGAUUGAAAAGUGCCAAACCCAAACGUUCGCUCUCCGAUGCUGAUGCGUAUGCAGUUACAACAGCAUUGGAAAAUCAUAAAUUAAGUCCUAAUCCAAGUAGACACGUGGAAUCUAGGAACACCUUAAUGCCACCCAGUCCUCAAGGAUUAUGUCCAGAUAGUCCACAGAUGGCGCCAGAUUCUCCCGAUGGCUGCAUGUUGUCUAAACCAGCCAAUCACUAUGUUAGUUAUGUGCAACGUGUUGUAUCGGAGAUUGUAGAAACUGAAAGAACCUACGUUAAAAGUCUAGAGGACAUUAUACAGGGUUAUCUACAAUAUUUAGAGAAGUUUACAGAAGUUGAUGUAGCUCGAGAAGACACUAAUUGUUUAUUUAGUAAUAUUAGAAGUAUAUAUAAUUUCAGCAAGGUUUUUCUCAGUGAAUUAGAGGCUUGUGAUGGUGAACCUGUUAAAGUUGCAGAAUGUUUUGUCAGAAACAACAAGGGUUUCGUUAUUUAUUCUGAAUAUUGUACGAACUAUCCAAGUGCUGUUGAAAUUUUAACCAAAUUUAUGAUGGAUCCAGUUCUGUGUGAAGUUUUUAAACAUCGUCAACAGAUGUUAGGUCAUGGUCUACCUCUAGGGGCAUACUUACUCCGUCCAGUACAACGAAUACUGAAGUAUCAUCUUCUAUUACAGAAUAUCUGGAAGAAUUUCGACAAGGAGAAACCUGGCUAUGAUAUUCUAGAACAAGCCUUUAAACAUAUGACGAGUAUGGCUCACCAUAUUAACAAUAUGAAACGUAAACAUGAACAUGCUAUAAAGAUACAAGAGAUACAGAGUCAAUUAGAGGAUUAUACAGGAGAUGAUUUAACUAGAUUAGGUGAACUAGUCUUAGAGAGUACUUUUCGAGUAUAUGGAGCGAGAGCAUCACGUCAUGUAUUUUUAUUUGAGAAAGAAAUAUUAAUAUGUAAGAAGAAAGAAGGUGGAAUGUUAAGUUGUAAAGCAUCUGUACAGUGCUCCAACCUGAUGUUAGUUGAAGUUAUUGAUAACGAACCUCUCAGUUUUCAUAUCAUUCCUUUUGAUAAUCCUAAAGCCCAGCAUACACUACAGGCUCGUAAUAUGGAACAGAAAAGAAGAUGGUGUCAGGAAAUAAAACGUUUGAUAUUAGAGAGUUAUAGUGGUAAAAUACCAGAUAAAGUUAAAAGUUUAGUUAUGGAACUUGGUCGUAAUCAUGAUGAAGAUUUCGUGAGCACUGAGAAUUUAGAUGCAAGUAGAAAACAUCAACACACGGCACCAGAAUACCUGGAAAGACGGAGAGUUCGACGUAAAUCAGGUGGCAAAUUAGCAGAAUUUAACUUAUUGAAACCACAGAAAGCUAAAAGAGUUUUACUAUAA